GAAGGGAGGCAGGGGAGGGGAGCAGGGGAAAAGGGGAAGCCGACGGACGGAGGGGAGGGGGUGGAAGGGUGGCGGAGGGGGUGGGGGCGGGGAGGUGGAGGGGGCGGGGGGGGAGGGGGGGGGGGGGGUGGGGGGAGGCGACUGGCGAGGAGGGGAGGAGUGGUUGGGGAGAAGCACAAGACUCAGACAUCUGAAUCCAGGUAA